AAAAAAGGGCAAUUCAAUGUGUUUUAGCCAACUUUCUAUUUCACACAUGUGAAAUGACACGAGUAAGCCAGGUAAGCCUUGCACAACUAAAUAAAACGUGAAUCUUCUAGAGAACACUUGAGAGAAUUUUCUGAAAUGGGCACUGAAAGUCUGUUUCUCUAGUCCUGAUGCAGUAUCUGCGAAAGGCUAAUGUUGAAAAAAUAAUGUCAGUAGAAGGCCAGAAUGGGACAUUUUGAACUUUGUAAAAAGAAGCUUCUUUGUCACAGGCUUGUACUAAGUGGACUAAGACAAGGCUGCAAAACUGUUGCAAGUGUCUCCAUCGCUUAACUUUGGGCCAAUAAAGCUUCACGUGUAACUUUUCUAGACCUUAUUCACUUCCAGACAGAUCCUAUAUCCCAGGGUUUGAUCCCUGGUUUUCUGCUUUAAACUGGAUUAUAUUAGUCUACACUGCCAGAUAAUUUGGGAUAAACAGAAAACCAGGGAUCAGAUCCUGGGAUAUAGGGCUUGUCUGGAAGGGUUCUCAGUGCUAAGCCUUUAAAAAACGACCCUGGUGCUGUUGUCUUUGGACCUCCAGUGGCUCUCAAUGGUAUUACAUGCUAAUCCUGUCACCAACACCUAUCUCUUUGGUUUCAACAGCCAUUAAUAAUCAUCAUCAUCAUCAUUUGUAUUUAUAUUCCACACUAUCUCCCCAGAGGGACUCAUCAUCAUCAUCAUCAUUUGUAUUUAUAUUCCACACUAUCUCCCCAGAGGGACUCAUCAUCAUCAUCAUUUGUAUUUAUAUUCCACACUAUCUCCCCAGAGGGACUCAUCAUCAUCAUCAUCAUCAUUUGUAUUUAUAUUCCACACUAUCUCCCUAGAGGGACUGAUCAUCAUCAUCAUCAUUUGUAUUUAUAUUCCACACUAUCUCCCCAGAGGGACUCAUCAUCAUCAUCAUCAUUUGUAUUUAUAUUCCACACUAUCUCCCCGGAGGGACUCAUCAUCAUCAUCAUCAUUUGUAUUUAUAUUCCACCCUAUCUCCCCGGAGGGACUGAGGGCGGAUUCCAAACAUAAAGGGCAAACAUUCAAUGCCCGAACAUAACAAUACACCCAUAAUAACGAAAAUUGACAACCCAACAUAUAAAAGCAAAUUAUGACUUAACUAAAAUUACAGUAAAUGAAAAACACAAUCUGUUAUAUCUGACAUGAAUCAAAACAUCAAACAGAAGUAUCAAUAUCCCAGUUCUUUGGUGGCACAUACAUUGAUCAUUGCUCAAGAUGUCUAUUGAGCUGGUGGGGCAAACAGGACGGAUACGGAUGACAGCUAUUUAUCAGAGGUGUAACGGUAGUACUGUAUUACCAUCCAUUCUUCCUCCUCCUCGUAAGCCAGUGGACAAAGGUCGGGCUGUGGCGCAGCUGGCUAGUAACCAGCUGCUAUAAAUCACUACUGACCGAGAGGUCAUGAGUUCGAAGCCCGGGUCGGGUUAAGCCUCCGACCAUUAAUAGCCCCGGCUUGCUGUUGACCUAUGCAGCCCCAAUAGACAGUUGCACCUGUCAAUUAGGGAAAUUUAGGGACACUUUAUGCGGGAGGCUAAUUUACAACACCAUAAAACUGCCAGCAAAACACGAGGAAAGGAAUGCGGAAGUACAGCCACUACUGGACGGUGAAGCAACAUCUCCCCCUGUGGCCAGAAUUGUGAAGCUGGAAAAAUGUUAAAAAUGCCUCUGAGUCUGUCUAAUUUAUGUUGUUUGUCUGUUGGCAUUGAAUGUUUGCCAUAUAUGUUUCAUUGUAAUCCGCCCUGAGUCCCCUGAGUGAGAAGGGCGGAAUAUAAAUACUGUAAAUAAAUAAAUAAAUAAAUAAAUACAUCUUUCAAUUGGUCACCUUGAUUAGCCUUUCAGCUUCAAGGUCUGGCUGCUUACUGCCUGGGAAAAUCUUUUGUUGGGAGGUGUUAGCUGACCCUGAUUGAUUCGUGUCGGAAAUUCCCCUAUUUUUGAGUAUUGUUCUCUAUUUACUUUCCUGAUUCUAGAGGUUUUUAAUACUGGUAACCAGAUUUUGUUCAUUUUCAAUGUCAGGCAGUAAGCAGCCAGACCUUGAAGCUGAAAGGCUACACAAUCCUAAUCAAUGUAGCCAAUUGAAACAUUCACACCUGCCUCAAACAGACAAGAGUUCUUUCUCCCACCCUAGACAUUCCACAGAUAAUAUAUAAACUCCUCUUACUUAAUGUGUUGUUGAAGGCUUUCAUGGCUGGAAUCAUGCCCAGAAAAUUCACAACAACCCUCUUGCUUAGUUUUCAGCAGACCUCACAAGCUCUGAGGAUGCCUACCAUAGAUGUGGGUGAAAAGUCAGGAGAGAAUGCUUCUGGAACAUGGCCAUACAGCCCGGAAAACACACAGCAACCCAGUGAUUCUGGCCAUGAAAGCAUUCAACAACACUUUGUUACUAUGACCCAUUCUAAUACUCAGUUUAUUACACUUUAUGGCAUGUUGUUGCAUUCUAUUAUUGCAUUACUGGGCUUGGUCCCCAUGUAAGCCUCCAUGUAAGUACCUGGGGAGAUGGGGCGAGAUAUAAGAAUAGUUAUUAUUUAACGGCGCUCCAUAGUCAUGCCUGCCAUAUGACCUUGGAGAUGUCUACGGACAACGCUGGCUCUUUGUCUUAGAAAUUGAGAUGAGUACCAACCCUGGAGUCGGACACAAAUAGACUUAAUGUCAGGGGAAAACCUUUACCUUAGUUGUUGUUAUUAUUAGUCACAGCAUUGUUUAAACUGGGUUGCUGUGAGUCUUUCGGGCUGUAUGGCCAUGUUCCAGAAGCUUUCUCUCCUGACGUUUCACCUACAUCUGUGGCAGGCAUCCUCAAAAGUUGUGAGCAUCGUUUAAAGUUGAAGCAAAAAAAAAAAUCAUUAUUGAAAUAUAAAGUCUGGGAGCCAUGUUAAAAGUUUCCUAAUCUCAGAGGCACGGGUUCUAAAGCUCUGGAUCGAAACUGUAUUUGGACAUCAAAGAACAAUAAUCAUCUCCCUUCUAAACGAGAUAGAUAGGAACUGACGGAGGUGGCCUGUGCCUCUUUUCCCAGCGAGCAAGGCCUCCCUCCUCGCAGAGCUCUGCUUCUUCCGUCCCCUUGGCGCUCUUCGUCAUCCUGAUCUUGGAAGCUAAGCCGGGUCAGCCCUGGUUUGGGCCUGGAUGGGAGACCGCCCAAGAGACCCAGGUGCUGGAGGCACUUGGAAGCCACGCUAGAAAGGCCAAGCCAGGCGUUCCCGGCAUGGAAGCCUUCUCCGUUCCGCCCGGCUCGCAAGCCGCUAUCCGGCCGUUCUUCGGGGCGGGCCUGGCUCGGCCGCCAUGUUGUUCGGCGGGGGAAGGAUGCCGGGGCGGAGCUGCUCCCUCCUGGCGCUGAUGACGCUACUGGCGGAAGCCCCGCCCGCCCUCCUUUCCACAGAAAAGCCCUCAAAGGAAUGCGGAAGAAGGAUGGUAGAGAAUGACAUGGCAACAGGCAUGCGUAUUAUCGGUGGUCGCAGUGCUCAGGCCGGCGCAUGGCCAUGGCAAGUUAGCAUUCAGAUUUACCAAAAGGGUGUAGGAUAUCUUCACCUCUGUGGUGGAACUUUAAUCAAUAAGGACUAUGUGCUGUCAGCUGCACACUGCACAUUAAAGAGCUUGGAUCCAGGAAAGUGGAGGGCUGUAUUUGGUCUCCAUCAACUUUAUAUGCAGACAAAUUAUACUAUAUACAGACAGGUUGAGUUUAUCUGGAUACAUGAUGACUUCAACAAAAAAACCUAUGAGAAUGACAUUGCUUUGUUUAAACUAAAAAAGUCCAUCAAAUACAAUGAGUAUGUUCAGCCCAUCUGCUUAUUUAACUCUUCUCGUCCCUUGACUGAUGAGAUUCCCUGUUACAUAAGUGGAUGGGGAUUGAAAAAGGAGAAUGGUUCUGCCUCUUAUAUAUUACGAGAAGCUCAAGUGAAACUUAUUCCACUAGAAAUCUGUAAUAGUUUAGGUUGGUAUAUGGGAUCUGUAUCAAAAAAUAAUAUUUGUGCUGGUUCUGAAAGUGGACAUGUUGAUAGCUGCCAGGGAGACAGUGGUGGACCGCUGAUGUGCUAUCUCAAAAAUGAGGACAAGUAUUAUCUGAUAGGAAUCACAAGUUAUGGAUAUGGUUGUGGCCGACCUAGGAGCCCAGGAAUUUACGUAAAUUUAGCCAAGUACAAAGAUUGGCUGCAUUCAAAGCUUAAUAACAGAACCACCACCCUGUGCAGUCACCAUAUGCUUAUCUUUUUCACUGUGUUAUGGGUUGCUUCCCAUUAUUCUAAAAUUAUCUCAGACUAAACAUGGCCUUUUAAAAUGUUGUUCAAAAUAUUGUUUCAAAUGAAUUAUUUUACAAUGUGGUAGGGUUUAUAAUUUUGACCCCAGAAAUUCACAAAUAAAUGUCAGUAAUUAUUUUAAAAUGCAAA